AUGUCGACGUCAGAAGAAGCCUUGUCGAGGAAACUUAUUGAGGCAGUUGAGAAGCAUGCAGCUCUUGACGACAAAUAUGCCGUUGUUUUGGAAGAGAACCAGCGCCUGAAGGAACAAUUGAGCAAAAUCACGUCGGACAGAGAAGAAUGGUCUGAGAAGCUGAAACGAUUGAAUCUGCUGCCACAACUUCAACAACAGUACGAGGAAGCGCUGCAAAGACAACGAGAGGCUGAACAGGCGAAGGAACGCAUGGCCAGUGAGCUGGAGGACUUGACCGGAUCGGUAUUUGAGGAGGCCAACAAAAUGGUUUCAGACGCAAGACGAGAGUGUUACAACGCACAGCACCGGGCAAGCCAGCUCGAGCGGCAACUGAACGACUUGGACGGCCUGUUCAACACUUCACAAAAACAGCUCGUCGAGCUCAAGUACGUUCUGCAAAGCAUGUCCGACGCACCGUCCGAGGAUACGACAAACACAGGCGAUAACGAGGAGGAGGAGGACGGCGGCGGCGGCGGCGACAGCGGCGGUGCUGGCGACAGUGGAAGCGUUGAGAAUGACGGCACGAACGAGUCUGAACAGUUUGAGGAUGCACACGACAACGAGCAGCUGGUAUCGGAGACGGUUGCGGCUCCAGCAGACGAUGACGAUUCUUCAGAUGCUGCUGGGGCGCGACGUCGAAGAAGCUACGGCGGUACAGGCGGUGCAACGAACCUUUCCGACGUAUUCGUCAAUGUUACCCCGCUGAAGAAACCCGCCGCCGGCACAGAACCGCUCUCGCGCGUGUCUUCCACGUCUUCCAUCGCUCAUUCGCACACAUCCACUCACACUCCCUCCGCGUCACCAUCCGCCUCCCUUGCUUCACUUCCACCUUACCAAGAAUUCUUGCACCUCUACAAGUUUCAUUCCAAAGUUUCUCGUCCUGCCUAUGUGCGACGUUCCGUCACUACAGGGUCUAGUGGUACUGCGGCAGCUGCAGCUGCCGCAGUAGCAGCAUCCUCUGCUGCUCGCGGUACGACUACAUUUUCCUCAACACCUUCUCCCACCCCUAAUUCAACAACAUCCACACCCGUUAAUGGAAAAGGAAUCCCUCGGCCCUUCACUCCCCUGCAAACUCAUCACAACAUCUCGUCGUCGGCACAUGGCGCCGACGGACUGUCACCCUCAGCAGCUGCAGUCGCUGCCUCCAACGCACAGACCUCGCGUAACCUGCGCGACUUUUUAUUUUUCAAGCGUUGCUUGGUAGAAGACAUUGAGCCGACCCUGCGUCUGGACGCUGCACCGGGCCUCUCGUGGCUCGCGCGACGGUCCAUCAUGUCUGCUAUCAUUGAAGCGUCCCUCAUCGUCAAUCCGCUUUCCCCGAGCCAUUCUCAGGCACACUUGCCGUGCACUCUGUGCGGCGACGACCGGUCUGUCCCGCCGCGUAGCUUUGAGUUCCGCUCGCGACCCGAAGGCACACCCUACUGCGCCUGCAACUACUGUGUAGGCCGCCUUCGCAGCGUCUGCGGCUUCGUCGCCUUCCUGCACCAAAUUCUACGCGGUGUCUGGCAGUCGUGCUCGUUUGAAAAGACAUGGAACGAAUGUAUUCGAGCCCGCGAAGCAAUGUUUUACGCUCGCCUGGGCAUUCCACGGCGAAACACUCGUGAGCGCUAGAAAGACUUGUGGAGGCUGCCAAUUGCACUCGCAGGCGGCGCUUUUCCUGUCUUGUCUGUUGCUCUUCUUCGCCUGGAUUAGCCUUUCACGUGCGCGGCCAAACACGUGCGACGUGCUUUUUUGUGUAAGCUCUGAUAUGUAAUUAUGACGCAUUUUAAUUAGUUGGCGUGUACGCGUG